GCCCGGCACAGACCCACAGCGGGGCCGCCGCUGCCCGCCCUGCCCGGCCGCCGGCUCCGCGGCCUCCGCCGAUAUGAAUUACUCUAGGUUCAUCACCACUGUGAGUGCAGCAAGAAAAGCAUCUCCAAUAAGACUGCUGAUCUGUCCUAACAGUAUAUCCCUGGGCCCACCAAACACCUAUUUAAUCCAAGCAGAAAGCUGAAUUGAUGCAGAAAUCGCCUCCAUCUCUCAUCUCUCUGGCUGGAGGGGCACCAAAUCCUAAUGUUUUUCCAUUUAAGAGGGCAACUGUUGACAUUGGACAUGGAACUCCUAUUGAGAUUGGGGAAGAUCUGAUGAAGAGGGCCCUCCAGUACUCAGCCUCAGCAGGGAUUCCAGAGCUGCUGUCUUGGCUAAAAGAUUUCCAGCGGAACUUACAUGAUCCCCCCACAGCCAACUACAGUCCUGAGCAAGGACAGAUGGAAGUGUGUGUCACAACCGGCAGCCAGGAAGGCUUGUGUAAAGUGUUUGAAAUGCUCAUUAAUCCUGGAGACAACAUCCUUUUGGAUGCACCCACAUACUCUGGGACACUAGCAGCUCUGAGACCCUUGGGUUGUAAUAUAAUUAAUAUUCCUAGUGACCAACAUGGCAUUAUUCCAAAAGCUUUAAAAGAAAUUCUGUCUGCUUGGAGCCCAGAGGAUGUAAAAAAUUGUAGCAAUCACAUCCCCAAAUUCCUGUACACUAUUCCAAAUGGAUGCAACCCAACUGGCAACUCACUGACUCCAGAGCGCAAAAAGGAGAUUUACCAGCUUGCAAGAAAAUAUGAUUUUCUCAUAAUAGAAGAUGAUCCCUACUACUUUCUUCAAUUUGAAAAGCCGUGGGCUCCAACUUUCCUCUCAAUGGAUGUGGAUGGCCGAGUUAUCAGGACCGACUCUUUCUCUAAAAUUCUCUCAUCUGGUUUAAGAAUAGGUUUUCUGACGGGUCCCAAGCCUCUCAUCGACAGAGUUGUUCUACACAUUCAGGUGUCAACAAUGCACACCAGCACUUUCACACAGAUUAUGAUAUCACAGCUGCUUCAGCAGUGGGGACAGAAGGGUUUCUUGGAGCAUAUAGACAGAGUAGUGGACUUCUACAGGAUCCAGCGGGAUGCAAUGCUCACUGCUGCUGACAAGUGGUUAAAAGACUUGGCGGAAUGGUACCCUCCUGCUGCUGGCAUGUUCUUAUGGAUCAAAAUUAAGGGUAUUUCUGAUACACAGCAGCUGAUAAUGGAAAAGGCUUUAAAGAAAGAAGUAUUACUGGUUCCUGGAGGAGCAUUCAAUAUUGAUAGUUCAGAGCCUAGUUCUUAUGUCAGAGCCUCCUUCUCUCUGCCUUCUCCUGCCCAGAUGGAUCUGGCCUUCAAGAGACUGGCUGACCUUAUAAAAGAAUCUUUGUGAAAAAGUUAAAUAGAGCUCUUGAAGUAAUAAAAAUCAUCUCCAGAAAAUAUUUACUAACAUUUGGAUUUUAUCAGAACACUUAAUAAGCAAGCAAAAUACAGUGGAUGUUUCCUUAGGUAUUUUCAGCUAAAAAACAGAUAGAAAAUUAAAGUGAAAAACAAUUUACCAAAUCUUUUUUGACAGGACAUUGCAUUACUAAAUUUGUCCAAUUCAGAAACAUUUAAAAUACUUAAAACAAAAAUGUUCUAUUUCCUGUAAAAUCCAUAGUUUUGUUAGAUUUUAAAUGAUUUUUAUUCUGACUUUUGUUUUCCAUUUGAGUUGGGAAAUAGAAAUCGUUUACUUAGAAAGUUGCACUUGAGGUGGUCUUAGCCACUAUUACUUCUCACUAUUAAUCUCAACUAAUACAUUCCUCCAAAAUCUUAUGCUGGAAUUGUCUCAUGUCACUUCCAUUCUUGUCCUACUGUGUGGCAUCUGGUUUUAACUAUUUGAGGAUCAGUAUUUAAUUUUACUGAAGUUUUGUCAGAUAAAGCUGAUGUACGUAUGCUAAAAAGAUUGAAACUGAUCUAGAAAAAUGAGUCUAUGAUUAUAAAUAAACUGAGGUCUCUUGCAAUUUGCAAGGGCAUUGCAGCUCAUUCUCUGAUUUGUGAAAGGUAUUCCAAUUGCUGGUUCUCACUUCAGUCUGUGAAUAAUUACUCCGCAUCUAUGUUAGAAAAUCUCUGGUUUGCCAAGGCAUGUGGAUGUGCUAAAGGAACUACUCUUGGUUAUUCGAUCAGAUGUGGUUUGGAAUGGAAAGUGUAAGUAACUGAAAGGGCAUAUGGUGGAAUGGACACUACCCUGACACUUCCAGAUGCAAACAGAAUGAAAAAAUAAAGAAACAUUUCAGUC